GGCGGCCCCACGCUUCCGGGCCGGCGGCGGCGGUGCCCUCAGCGGCCGGGACGGCGACCGAGGGGCGGCGGCGCCAUGCGCCCGGCGGGUCGGAAUUAGAGAUAAGAAUUUGCAAGAAACUGAAGCAAAAAUGGAGUCAAAGGUGUCAGAGAAAAAAGCAACACAAGGCAGAAGAAAAAGCGAAGAAGGUGAUUUUAAACAAGCAGAGUUUGAAUGUGAUCAUAAAUCCAAAAAUCCCUGGGAAAAUACGAAGGAUAUUCUCGUGAUAUAUGAAAAAGAAGCAGAAGAGUGGGCUCUGUAUUUAAAGUCUCUUUUUGGACAUGUAGUGAACGAAGGAGGAAUCUUACUCUACAAUCUAAAGACUUCAACUUUCAAGCACCAGGAGCUAUUUUCUUUGCCCUGUUAUAAAUGUAAAGUCCUGAUACUAUCAUGUGGACUUCUUAACUGCCUGAAUCGAAAGAGAAGUUAUUUUCUGGAGCAAGUUCUAAAACCUCUGGAUAAUGUGGUCAUUCUGCUUUGUGGGGUGGAGAAUUCAGAGAUCCUUUCUGAGAUACUGACCUUAGAUGGAAGCAGCAAAGAGAUUUCGACUGAUCAGGAGCCUGAGGAAUAUCUCUCUGUUGUUACUGGAAUUAUUCAAACAGGUCAGCCACAGAAUGAAAAUACUGGAGACUCUUUGUCUAGCAUCUGUGAAGCAGUUCUUGAAGACGAUCACCAGACUAGCUCUGAUGUUAACUUGUCAAAUAUCAGAGGAGCAUCAGAAAAAACAGGCUUUGAUUUUAAAACAGAGGUACUUUCUGAAACCUUAGAAACUAAUGAGCAGUCAAUAUUGGUGCUUCCAGGAAGAAUAUCAUGUGAGAACCCUGGUGAAAUAUUCAUUUUGUUGAAAGAUGAAAUAGAUGAUGAAACUUUAGAAAUAGAAUUCAUAGCAGAUAAUCAACGAAUUAGGACACAGCCAGCCUCUUGGAAUAAGAAGGUCAAGUACAUGAAAGCCUUAGAUUUUCCUGCUGGCCCUGUAUAUGUAAAUGUCUACUGCAAGGGAGUCAUUAAGACCACAGCACAGAUUGAGUACUAUACUGCACUAGAGGAGAUUGAGCACAUUUUUAAGAAAGUGGUUGACCCAAUAGCUUUCACUUGCCAGGCUUUUAAAUUUUCUUCUGUAGAGAAGCUGGACAAUGUUCUGACUUUGUUAUUGAAAAGCAAAAUAUCUGCUUAUGAAUUCAGCACAUUCCAAAGUGAAGAGCACCACCAACAAGCUAAUAGCCAUUUGGAAGAAUUUCCUACGCUCCUUCACUGUGCAGCCAGAUUUGGAUUAAAGAACCUUGCAACAUUUCUACUCAAUUGUCCUGAGGCUACCCAGGCUUGCAAAAUAAUCAACAGAUAUGGAGAUGAUCCAGCAAGUAUCGCUGAGAAGCACGGGCACAGGGAACUAAGAAAAUUAAUCAAAGAAUUUUCAAUUAAUCCAGCAGAUAAUUUCACCAAUUGUGAGGAGGAAGCAGAAGAUGAUGACACCUACGUGCUUAUGUUAGGCUCAGAAACUCAACCAGCCAUGACAUUAAAAACCAAGCAGAACCCAGGAGAUCAAUAUGGAAUUGGAUCAAGAUGCCAACAAGAAGCUGAGGUGGAUGAUGAUGAGAAAGAUGAUGUGGAAGACAGCAGAGAGGAGACAGAACGGGAAGAUCAAGAAGAGGAUUCAUACAGCUUUCACAGCAGUCCUGACAAUUUGUAUGCCAGCGUACCUGAUGAUAUUGAAGAGAACAGAUGUUACUUUUUCUGUAAGAGGCCACCACCUCCUCCCCCUCGAAAUCUGCCUGGCAUCCUAAGACAGGACAAUCUACACAGUUUAUCACAAGAGAGGAGUUUUGUGGAGGACAGACAUGAAAGAGAGCAUGGUGAUGGGCUCCUAACAGCAUGCUACAGAGAAGAGCAAGAUACAUGGAAGGGAGAUGGCGAGGAGGAACACCCGUACACUUUUGCGAAACUGGAUGAAUCUGUGUAUGAGCUCAUACUGGCGGAGGAGGAGGAGGAGAAAAGGGAAGAACGCAGGUCUUUUAUCCUGAACAGGCCGCCAGCCCCUGCCCCUCGCCCCAUGUGUUCGCCGGUCAGAGAGGAGAACACUCCCUAUAUAGUCCAAGUGUUUCAGCAAAAGGCCAGUCAAGUGCCCAGUGACAACAACAGGACGUACUGCGAUGCCAGGAAGCCCGCACACAGAGGCCACACUGACAUAGUAACUGAUAACAUUGUGAAAUACAACAUCCCUGCUGAACAGGAGGAACUCAUUCACUUGCAGGAACAGGUGAAAAAGAGAGUAAUUUCUGUGGAUGAAGCCCUUGACAGAUUUAAACAGUGGCAGAAUGAAAAACAGAGACUCCAGUCCACUCAACAGGAAAAAGUGCACCACCUUAGAGACACCACUACUGGAAACAGGCUAGAAAAGGAAAAUCUGAAUGUUCCUAAGGGAAGCAGACCUGACAGCAUUCAUUUGAGAGACUUUUUGUUCCACAUGCCAUUUAAUAAAGCGUUUCCAACUAGGAACCCAACAGACAAGGAACAGAUGCCUAAUUAACAGAGUGCGAUUCUUCAGCCAGCUGCACAUCACUUUGCUCUGCUUGGCACUCCCCCUUGUCUCCAAGCUGCCUCAGGCUCCCGCACACACCGCGGCGACGUGGCUGCAAGAUCGCCCCUGCGCUUUCAGCACCUUGGAAUCUCUCACCUGGGCCAAGGCUAGAAGCAGCCCAGUAUCACUAAAGCAAAUUAAAACUUCUUGUAAAGUCAGCACUGAAUUUUGUAUUUUUUCUUUGACGAUUGUUUUUCAAGAUGACAGCUGAGGAUUUAUAUAAAAGAUGUAUUGUGUGCUUUGGUUAAUUAUUUUUUAACUCAUUUCAGUUUUUCCACACUGCUUGGUAGUUGUUUAAAAGUAGAAUUUAUCCACAAGGGGAAGAUAAUGAAAAGUUACGAAGAUUAUGACGGUGUAAUACAAAAAAAAUGUGGUUUUUACUUUUUGUUAAAACAUAUUUCUAUAAAUUUCCUAUAUAAAGUUGUCUUUCCUAGGAAUAAUAAUUGUACUCCAUCACUAGCUUAAACAAUUAUACUCAAAGUAAAGCUAAUUUCUAAAGUCAAACUAUGUAAAUCGGUACUACUUAUCUACUAAUGCAUUAAAGUGAUUACAAGAAUUGAGUUUACAAGGAAA